AUACUGCUUCUCAUAGUCUUUCCAAAGUACUUCGACAGUGUAAAUGGAGGGUGUAAAACUCAAUUAAUAGCCUCAGUGUGCUUAUCGUUCAUAGUUUAAUCUGUCCGGAAAACGAGCCAUUUCCAUCCCCGCCUGUUGGGGCUUGUGCUGGCAAACCCGUAGAAGCCAGCAGAGUCAACGAAGAGUUGACAGGAACAACAUCAUUGCUUCGUGCACACAUUUUUUAUGGAUUACCUCACUAACAAGAAAAGCCUCUGUUCAUUGUGCUAGCGAGUGACAGCUAAUCCACAAAUUAAGGUCUACCACGGCGAGAUGUACCGCCUGUGACGUUCAGUAUGCUGUCCUAUUGGACGUGAACAGGUUGAAGACGACUGAAGAGGCUGCUGCGUCAGUCCCACCUUGAACCCACGGUAGAGGAAGAGAUGGGAAACAUAGCGACAAAGUUCCGUAAGGCUCUCAUCAAUGGGGAUGAGAUGCUGGCCUGCCAUCUGUAUGAGAGCAACCCGCAGUUCAAGGAGGCUCUGGAUCCAAACUCCACAUAUGGAGAGUCCUACCAGCACAACACUCCACUGCACUAUGCUGCCCGGCACGCCAUGACACGCCUACUCAGGUCUUUUCUUGUGGGCAAAGAUGGGAAUCCUAACAAGCGCAACGUGCACAAUGAGACCUCUCUGCACCUUCUUUGCAUGGGGCCCCAGAUCCUGACCUCAGAGGGGGCGCUGCAGCCCCGGAUCUCACGGCCAUACGAAGACCGACAUCGUCGGGCUGAAGCUCUACAAAUCAUCUUGUCAUGGACCGGAGCAAAGCUGGACCAUGGAGAAUACGAGAGGGCUGACGUCAAUGCCACGGACAACAAGAAGUACACCUGCCUGCACUACGCUGCUGCCUCAGGCAUGAAGAUUUGUGUGGAGUUCCUGGUGCAGAGAGAAGCGGAUCUGUUUGCAGAGAACGAAGAGCACGAGACUCCAUGUGACUGUGCAGAGAAGCAGCACCACAAGGAGCUGGCCCUCUGCCUGGAGUCGCAGAUGGUCUUCUCUCUGGCCCCCGAGGCCGAGAGUAUAGAGGCAGAGUACUCAGCCCUUGACCGAAGAGAGCUGUACGAGGGUCUGCGGCCUCAGGACAUGAGGAGGCUGAAGGACAUGCUGAUAGUGGAGACAGCCGACAUGCUGCAGGCCCCUCUCUUCACUGCAGAGGCUCUGCUACGUGCCCAUGAUUGGGACAGAGAGAAGCUCUUAGAGGCCUGGAUGAGCAAUGCUGAGGAAUGCUGUCAGCGCUCAGGUGUCCAGAUGCCCCACCCCCCCCCCAGUGGUUACAACGCAUGGGACACCUUGCCCUCGCCCCGGACGCCCCGCAACACCCGCUCCUCCUCCACCUCCCCCGACCAGAUCAGCCUCAUGCCUGCAGAUCUGGAGUCUUCUCUGUGUGGUAUUUGCUUGUCUUCCAUUACCGUCUUCGAGGAACCUGUUGACAUGUCCUGCGGCCACGAGUUCUGCAGAGCAUGCUGGGAAGGGUUUCUAAAUCUAAAGAUCCAAGAGGGUGAAGCCCACAACAUCUUCUGCCCGGCCUUCGACUGCUACCAGCUAGUGCCUGUGGAAGUCAUUGAGAGUGUGGUUUCCAGGGAGAUGGACAAGCGCUACCUCCAGUUUGACAUCAAGGCGUUUGUGGAGAACAAUCCGGCAAUCCGCUGGUGUCCCGAGGCAGGGUGUGAAAGGGCGGUGAGGCUGAGCACCCAGGGCCCCGGGACCUCCAACUCAGACCCUCUGAGCUUUCCCCUCCUGAGGGCCCCGGCUGUGGAUUGUGGCAAAGGCCAUCUCUUCUGCUGGGAGUGCCAAGGUGAGGCCCAUGAGCCCUGUGACUGUGAGACAUGGAAGCUGUGGCAGCAGAAAGUCAGUGAGAUGAGACCUGUGGAAUUGGCCGGUGUGAGCGAUGCCUACGAAGAUGCAGCCAACUGUUUGUGGUUGCGCUCCAACUCAAAACCCUGCGCCAACUGCAAGUCCCCGAUACAGAAAAACGAGGGGUGCAACCACAUGCAGUGUGCCAAGUGUAAGUAUGACUUCUGCUGGAUCUGUCUGGAGGAGUGGAAAAAGCACAGCUCCUCGACCGGAGGAUACUAUCGCUGCACCCGCUACGAAGUCAUCCAGCAGGUGGAGGAGCAGUCCAAAGAGAUGACUGAAGAGGCGGAGAAUAAGCACAAGAGCUUUCAGGAACUCGACCGAUUUAUGCACUACUACACACGCUUCAAGAACCACGAGCUCAGCUAUCAGCUGGAGCAGCGCCUGUUGAAAACCGCCAAAGAGAAGAUGGAGCAGCUCAGUCGAGCCCUGAGUGGAAGGGAAGGCGGCCCCCCUGACACCACAUUCAUUGAAGAUGCAGUCCUGGAACUACUGAAGACCCGCCGCAUCCUGAAGUGCUCUUAUCCUUAUGGGUUCUUUCUGGAGCCCAAAAGCACAAAGAAGGAGAUUUACGAGCUUAUGCAGACGGACUUGGAGAUGGUGACGGAGGACCUGGCUCAGAAGGUGAACCGACCUUACCUGCGGACCCCGCGCCACAGGAUCAUCCGGGCAGCCUGUCUGGUUCAGCAGAAGCGGCAGGAGUUCCUGGCCUCAGUGGCUCGGGGAGUGGCCCCCAAUGACUCUCCUGAGGCCCCCAGGCGCAGUUUUACCGGCGGAACGUGGGACUGGGAAUAUUUAGGCUUCGCAUCACCUGAGGAGUAUGCAGAGUUCCAGUACAGACGGAGACACAGGCAGAGGAGGAGAGGCGACAUGUCGAGUCUCCGGAGCAACACACCUGACCCCGACGACUCCAGUGACAGCAUCUUAGACUCACAGGUUAGUGGACGCAGACAUCAUCUGAUGGGUCUCGGUUCUUUAGACGACGAUGACCCUAACAUCCUCCUGGCCAUCCAGCUGUCGCUCCAGGACUCAGCGAUGGCAGAGAUCGCAUACAACCAUGACGCACUCGCCAACGAAGCCUCGCUCGGCGCCAUCGGCACCUCUCUGCCCUCCAGGCUGGAGCAGAGUGCUGCAGGUGUGGAGCUGCUGUCCAGAGCUUCUCUCAGCAGCUCCGAGCUGCUGGAGCUGGAAGAUAACUUGGCCCGACUGGGCUCCAUCAGCAGCCAGUUCUCUGCGCAGCACGCUGACAGCCACCUCCGGGCCUACAGGGCCUCGCUGCCCAUCCCAGUGGCUCCAGGUGGCAGCACCUCCUCCACCGGCCUCUUCUCCUCCUCCAGCGACACGUUGGACUCCAACACUUACGGCAGCCACGACCCAUCCUCCUCCUCCGCACUAGCCAAUGCAAACCUGCUGGGUAAUAUUAUGGCGUGGUUCCACGACAUGAAUCCUCAAGGCAUCACCCUGGUCCCCUCCACCUCCUCUGACUCCAACCUCAGCGCACUCCAUGCAGGCGGAGGAGGGGGUCUGCUUGAGGAGGAGAAGAGCGGAUGCAUCCCGCCUGAGAACAGGAAACCUCAGGAAGUGACGGCAGAGGUGGGUUUCUGCUCUCAAAAGGAGGAGAGGGAGGGUGCCGCGGCUCAGAGGCCCACACAGUUAGAUCUGGUGGGGCUGGAAACCACGCCCCCUUCUUACAUGGCCACCCUCAACAAAAGCAGCGAUCAUACAUCACGGGGAACCUCAAGGGUGGACACUCCACAGUGCGACUCUGAGCAGAUGCCCAGCAGCAGCUCCUCUGAGUGGGAGGACCACCUGGUGUGAGGAGGCAGAGAUGGGAAGGGGCUCUUUCGGAAAGGCCAAAAACCACUAAAGUUUGCAAAUGAAGUUGAGUUGUGGAACAUGUACAGUAGCUGUUCAAGUGGAAUGUAUACAGAAUUAAGAAUGUAUCGGUUCACAGGAAAGUGGGGCAAGAAAUUUAGACACUCAAAAGUUGUCUAAACUUGUAAGUGCUAUCCACAGGUUACCCGGUGUAACAGCGGUUACAUUCGAACUACCAGUUAGAGCUGCUUCGAUCCACACUCUAUUCCAGUUGGUGACGUUAUAUCCCAGAGGGUCCACGCAAUUUGGUUGUUUUAGUAUUUAAUUUCAAGAGGAAUUAUUCAAAUGUGUUUAACAGUGGAUCUCCUUGCAGAUACCUCUUUUCAAAGAAAUCCUUCAUUUGUUUUUUUGUCUUCUUUUUGGCCAACAGGCUAGAGGUGCAUGAGCCACCAGCUGGACUGCAGUGUGGAUCUAAACUGAAGCAUGUGCAGCAGACAGGGAGUGCAUGAAGUACACGCCUUUAGGUUGGUAUAACAUUGGUGUGGCAUCGCUUUUCCUGCAGUUACUAUAUUGUCAGACCCCCAACAAGCAGCCCUUGCGAAAAGAAAGCAUUAACUGAAGGAGAAAUUAGAUAACACUUUUCAAGGAUAUUUACUAAAUGUUAGAAGUAUAAAUAACUUGCCGUUUUCUGAAACCACUUAUAGAGGAGAUACGAAAUGUAGAGUCUUUUGCAUAGUGCAGGUAUUUGUAAAAGCCUAAUGUAUGUGUCUAAAUCAUGUCUGAGGGAGGUUUUCACCCUGACAUACUGUACUGGCUGACUGAUGUUAUUCCCACUCACCCUGUGGGGUAAAGCAGGGAGUCUUGCUCCUGUGCACACCUCCCUUUUAGGUGCCAAACACUGACUAGUAAAAGCACCGUUUGCAGUCGCCAAGUGGAUUCUUCUAAACAAAUUGUGCCUGCUUAUUACAAUCUCAACAACUAAACCUAAAUGUGAAAGUCUGGAGCCAUAUUUGUAUUUGAGAUUGUGUGGUAUAUUUCCAAUAUUACCAUGUAAAAGCUGUAAUAGUGUGCCGUGUUAAUCUGUAGUUGAACACCAUUAUAGUUGUGUACUUCAUUAUGUGAAACAUUCACACAAAGCAAUUUACAUUUGUUGGUCGAGUGCUAAAAAACAUUUAGGAAUUGACAAUGGUUGUUCAUCCCAAAGCCUUAUCCCUCACACUCUCUCAAUGAGAAAUGUCUUCAGAAACAGCUGACAGGCCCCGAGGGGUCAUUCUGAAAUCCUUUGUAGCGCGCUCACAUUCGUGUGAGCACUGCAGAGUGCAGCGUGACACGCUGAGCAGACACUGACAAGUCUUGUUUAUAUACUGCAGGAACAGCCCAGUGGAACAGCCCAGUGAGAGAGAUAAUCAGGCAAUCUCAUUCAGACUAUGGUGAAUUAAUUAAUCACGCCCAAGUCCCUGUAAUGACUCUCUGGGUCCUGUUAAAGUGUGAUAUGAGCAGAGCCUUCAUAGGGUAAUGCAUGGAGGGUCCACGAAUGUGUCCUGCACCUGGAACACGAGGAGUCCACCUUCUCUACGCAGAGAGAUACACAGUGCCUUUAAGUCAAUCAACUUUAUUUUCUUUCUUUUUGCACAUGUUUCCAAGUGCUAAUUAUUACACAGUAUGUACAGUGUAGACAAACACCUGUUACCUUAAAGUUAUUUCUCUUACAUACGAGAAACAUGAGAUCUUGAUUCUUUUUCUCAUCUAAUUAUUUGUAGCAUGAGCUUUUUGUUGGUUCUAGUAGUAUGUUAAUGGUAACACUGAUUUGGUAUAAUGUUUCCAAUAUUGCUCCAAAAGAUUUAGAAAAAAGAUGUUGCGCUUGUUUUUGUGCAGCAGGGCUUCUGUUCCUACAUUUUUAAAACAGUUGGUUUUUCUGAGAUGUAGAAACUCAAACGACUACCUGUAUCAUGAUCUUACCCGAAGACACUAAAAUGGAGGAAUGUUGCAAUAUAAAGUAGGUAUUUAUUUGAAAUGAGUGUAAUCCGUGAAAGAAAAUGGAUUGUGAAUAACCAUUGACACAUGGAUCAGUGUUUUAUCUUUAAGAUUGAAUUAUGUUUUUGUACAGACUAAUGUCUGACCGAAGCAGAUCAGCUGUUUUCCCCUAGCAGACGGAUAGAGCCACUAAAUGAGAUCUGAAUGCAGUGAUGAGUGCCAUAUAGUUAGUGAAGGUCUUUCAUUGGACGUGGGUUGAAACAGAGAUACUGCACGUUGGCCUCUGUGCAUGAAGUGGGUACAGGUCUAAUGGAGUUUGUACUUCCUUUCGCCUCUAAUGUGAUUUAUUUUAAAACGGCAUAUAGCAUUUUGUAACUCACUGAGAUUUUUUAUUGUAAAGCAACUAAUCCUUGAAAUGCUAUUUGCACUUUCGUAGUCUAUACUUGAUACAUUCCCUCUUUAUAUGAAACAUGUUUGAUGUGUGAUGCCAAUAAACUUUGUGUUGAGUUUGAA